UCAUUACACUGAACAAAAUGCAGGGGUAGAGAAAAUAAUAAGUUGAGAUACAGAAUAAACAAAGCCAAAGUUCAGUUGCUCUGAUCAGUAGUAUAAAAUGGGCAUCUCCCUCUGUCCAGCCUGUGCUUCGCUGUCUGUGCUUUAAACAAGAGCAGUUCACCAUGAUGCAUUCAACUGUGGGUAUCUGGAUCUUAUCAGCAGUGAUCUGCGUGGGGACAGGCCACCACCAUAUCGGUCAUGGCAACGAUCCGGCAAACCAAGAAACAACACUCAACGGCAGUGCCAACAGCGUCUCACUGGUGACUUCAGCCAACAAAGAGUUUGCCUACCGUCUGUACAGGAAGUUAGCAGCUCAUGCUGACUCAGAGGGCAAGAAUAUCUUCUUCUCCCCAGUUAGUGUGUCUGUGGCCUUGGCUGCCUUGUCUGUAGGAGCUCGGGGGGAGACCCACCAUCAGCUUUUCAGUGGGCUGGGUUUCAACAACUCCCAGCUGACACAGACAGAUGUAGAUCAGGCCUUCCAGAUGCUCCUCAAAAAUGCACAAUCUCAGCAAGACCGCAAUGAAGGAACCGCUGUAUUUGUAGACAACCGAUUCAAGCCGGAGCCUGAAUUCUUGGGGACCUUGAAGCAGUCCUACCUUGCAGAUGGGUUCAAUGUUGACUUCAGCCAAAGCAAAGACAGUGCCGAUACCAUCAAUAAGUAUGUGAACGAGAAGACCAACGGGAAGAUAGCCAAGCUGGUUGAAACCAUGGAUCCAAACACAGUCAUGUAUCUCCUCAGCUACAUCUACUACAAAGGAAAAUGGGCGACUCCAUUUGAUCCUGAGUCAACCAAGGAGGACAAUUUCAUAGUGGAUGAGAACACCAAGGUUCCAGUCCAGAUGAUGAAUAUGGAGGACAUGUUUAAUACCUAUUAUGACCAGACAAUUAACACAACCGUCCUCCACCUGCCCUUUAACAGCACCUACUCCAUGCUGCUGAUGUUGCCUGAUGACAUGUCAACACUGGAGAAUGCCUUCUGCCCAGGCCAUGUCACCAAAUGGUUGAAGUGGAUGAAUUCCAGGCCUCAUAACAUAUACAUUCCAAAGUUCUCCAUCAAGACUUCCUACAAAAUGAAUGAUGUGCUGACUGAAAUGGGAAUGACAGACAUGUUUGGUGAUCGUGCAAAUUUGACUGGCAUUUCAGAGGGGCAAAAACUGGCAGUCUCAGAGGUUGUGCACCAAGCUACCCUGGAUGUGGAUGAGGCCGGGGCCACCGCCGCAGCUGCAACAGGCAUUAGGAUCAUAUUUCUGUCAUUCCGCCGUGUCCCUGUCUUGAAGUUCAAUCGUCCUUUCAUGGUUGCCAUCGUUGAAUGCAACACAGAAAACAUCCUCUUCAUGGGCAAGAUUAUCAACCCAAACAUCUGAUGGAAGGAGAUCUUUGUGUUUGCUCAAGCUGACAAGCUGUUACAUCACUUAUUAAAUACUGAGGAAAACCUG